GGAGAAUGCUAGGGUUUCCUGAUGUUGCUCUGCCUUAGUGCGAUUUCCCCCGUGCGGUUUUCGUUCCAGCGGCAGCAAAUACCUUCAACGAGUCCUCCCGCCAUUGUCCCAGAGAUUUUCAACCACGAGGCAUGCUUGAUCGAUGCUGCCCCGGCAUCCAAUCGCCCCUGGUUCCCCUAUAAGGACGAGUUCCAUCUGGAUAGACAGGAGAAGCAAUCAUCCAGCAGCAAAGUGGUGAUUGCUUCCCUGGCCGAGUUCGUGGAAAAGCAAAUGAAGGAGCGCUUUGAGCGGGUUGUGCGCAGCAGGAGCUACUCGGCGUGUUUCGUGGCCGAGGCUCUGGACAACGCGGGCAACAUCGCCGCCAUCUUUAGAUCCGCGGAAGCGUUUGGCUUCCAGUCCGUUCAUGUGAUCACGUCUCUCACUGUUAAAGGGUACAAAGGUGUGAGGAGAGCACAUAGAGGGACAGAACGGUGGCUAGAUGUUGAGGUAUGGAACUGCGCAAAAGAUUGUAUCCAAGCAUUGAGAUCUCGGGGUUACCGGAUAGCAGUGACAAGCACAAGUCAUGACACGGUUUCUAUCUGUGAUAUGGACUGGACGAUUCCAACUGCAGUGAUUUUCGGUAACGAGCACGAGGGUGCCAGUGACUACUCCACGUCCCAGGCGGACAUACUUUGCGGGAUUCCAAUGUUUGGUAUGGUGGAUUCUCUCAACGUGUCGGUCGCGGCUGGAAUUCUCAUGCGUCAUGCCGUUUGUGACAGGAUCGCUAGGAACGGGUUUCAUGGAGAUCUAGAGCCGGAGCAGCAAGAGAUCUUGAUGGCGGAGUUUUUCCUCCGGUACAAGCGCAACUCGGCAGACAUUUUCAGCGAUCUGGCCAAGAAGCGCCAACUCGAUCAAUACAGGAACUUUUAAAACCAUCCAGUUCUUCAGGAAGAGAUCGAUCUUUAUUGACGUUCUUCGUGGCAGCCAACCAGUGUUCCAUCUCAACUCAAAGGAACUCAUUUUUCUUCCAUUCCAAUUUCCAACAAGAUCCUGGCAAUGACGUUGUAAACUCCAAGGGCCUCCCUUGGCUUGAUGGAUCGUGCACGCUUACACCAAACUCAGUGCCUGAUUGAUAGAUGCAUUUGCCCUCCAGGGAUUUGGAUCUUCAGUUUCACAUCAUCAAAGCCCGUUCUUCUCUUGAUUGAAUUCAGCGAAAGCCAAAACUACGCAGAAAAGCAAGAGGCUUAACGUUAAGACGAUCGCCGCCGCAGAUCCAGAUAUCGUCGUCGUCUCCUUAUCCCGUUUGCUUGAUUGAUUUGAACCGUUCCUUAAGUUCCUCGAACCAAAACCAGACACUGUCCCAUCAAAACCGGUGCCAAGCAAAUCUGCAAGCAAGCCAGCAAUUAAUACUCGUCCGUCCCCAUUCUCCAAUACAUUCACCUUUCACACCUGAAAAAGAGAGAGAGAAGAAAGAGAAUAUGGUAUUGCCAUCGAUUUUCUUUCUUUUUUUUUAAAUGACGCGAAUCCAAAGAAACUCCGGAUUCUUAUUCUCCAA